AUGAAGAAGAAGAUCCGGAAGAGCGUGGAGGAAGCGCCGGGCUCGGCAGUGGACAGCGUCGGCGAAGAAGCGUUCGUCGACUCAGAGAUGAACGGCGUCGACGUUCAGCAAGGAGCAGCUGCGGAGUCUGCAGAUCUUGGCGUGUCGAUUCGGGACAAGAAGCGAAAGAAGCGGCGAAGCCGCGGAGAGCAGGAGGGCGGCGAAGCUUGCGACAUAGAUCACGUGGAGGCAGAGAAAAGCGAAAAGCCGCCGCGUCACCCCGGUGGAAAGCGGCCCUCCGCGACUUCCGCGACCGCCGCGGCCGCCGCCUCGCCGCGCUCCUCGUCUCCUGGCUCGCCGGUCUCCGCGCCUUCGUCGCUCGCUGGAGCGUCCAAGCGGAAGAAGACAGCUGGCGACGGCCUCGCGCCAGGCGCCGCCCUCUCGCUUCCUCAAAGACCCCCGAACCAAGCCUGUGCGUGGAAGCUCGGCGGCGGCAGCCUCGUCCACCGUGCCGCAGUCUUCCUCUGCGGAGGAAAAGUUCUCUGCGCGCCUCGCGGGGAGGCCUUCGGCUGCGAGGCGACUGCCGGCCCGCUGAGAAAACGCGAGCUCUGCUUCUUCUCUGCAGAAACCGGAAGGCUGCUCUACGUCACCCACGCCCACACAGACACAAUUACAUCGGUUGUGGCGCUGCCGCUGGGCGCGUCACCGCAUCUGCCCGCGUCGCUGGCGCUCUCCGCGUCGCUCGACGGUUCGCUGUGCCUCUGGGAGGCGCCUUCUCAACCGCUGAUGUCCAUGGCCUCGGGUUACCUGCUGCACGAGCUGGAGGUCGGCGUGCCGAUUUUGGCUGCCGCCUACGCACCAGGCACGCGCGAGGUGGUGCUGCUUGUUCAGGGCGAAGCGCGCGCGGCGCCGGUCUACGCUGUUUAUACACUGCCGCUCGGCGCGCUGCUGGCGCCGCCGGCUAAGGCGCGGCUGGCGCCUGCGCGCGCGGAGGCGGCGCCGAAGUUCGCCCUGAUGCCUGCGUUCCUUUUUUCGAUUUCGCAUCCGCCGACGGCCUUCUGCGCGAGCGCAAGCGGCAACUUCGUCGUCGUGGCUUCGGGAAAGCGGCUGUUGGUGUUCUCGCGCGAACUCGGCCGCCUGCUGCUGCUGCGGCACGUCGACCGGCUCGUCCAGGUGUCUGUGCACCCGACCGACGACUUCGUGGUCGCCGGCGACCGCAUCGGGCGGAUACUCAUCUUUUACUGUCUGAACGACGUCGCGGCCUUCCUUUCCGCGGGCCUCGAGGUCGCGGCACAGGAGGACGCGGCGGAGCCCCUCUCCCCCGCCUCGCGGCGUCUCCCCGCGCCGCUGCAUCUCUCGUCGGCGCUGCAGCCCGCCUCUGCGGGCGCGGCGGCAGCGAGCAAGCGGACGGCCGCUGCGUCUUCGCCCUCCUCGCUGUCGCCGCUGAUUCUGCAUUGGCAUGCGCACGCGGUGACUUCCCUCGCAUUCUCCGCGGACGGCGUGGUGCUUCUCUCGGGAGGCGAGGAGGGCGUCCUCGUCUUGUGGCACGUCCGCCAGGCGUUUCAGAAGCAGUUCCUACCGCGCCUCGGCGCGCCGGUUCUGCACAUCGCCGCGCAGGCGCGCGCAGCCGACGGCGCAGACCCCCGCGGAAGCCGUGACGACGAGCGCGUCGCCGUGAGCUGCGCAGACAACUCGCUCAAACUGAUUGACCUCGUCCACUUCCAAGUCUCGCGGGUCAUCCAGGGCCUCGACAUCCCCCUGCCAGCCUUCUCGCACGCGCAGGCCGCCGGAGGCGACUCCACAUGCUUUGCUGCGCUGGGCUUCGAAGCCGCGGUGUCCGCGGGGCUCUGCGCCGCCUGUCAAGGCGCCGCGAAGAAGGCGAGCACCGACAAGGCGAAAAACUCCGAGACGCCAGCGGCCGAGCGUGACGCCGAGGCGCCGGAGGACGACGCAGAUGAGAGCGAGAGGGAAACCGAGGGCAGCGACGCAGAGGCGCGGCAACACGCGAAGGGCGCCUGCAGCGCGUGCGGACGAGGCGUCGCGGCCGCGCAGGACAAGUCCGCGCUCUCGCCGUCGAGGCUCUUCCGGCUGUGGCAGGCGUCCGCGCGAGUUUCCUCCACGUCGCCGCGCGGCGUCUUCCUCUCCCCGCUGCUUCCGCUCUCGCCGGUGCGCGCGCUUGGCUUCGCGCGCGACCGCCGCCUGGCGACACCGAGCUUCCUGCGCGGUGCCGAGUCCAGCAACGCCCGCGGCGGCGGCAAGCCUCGAGCGGAGGGCGCGCAGGGCGCGGCGCUCGACAGCCGCAGUUUGCUUCUCUUCAGCGCCAAGGCCUCGCGGCUUCAGAUCUACGACUGCGAGAGCGACAAACACGUCUUCCACCUGCCGAUUCGCCCGCAGCGUAUGUACACCUCUCGAAUCGACGACGCGUUCUCCGCCUCGCGCUGGAAAGUCUGCCUGGCUGCCGCAGACGUCUGCUGCAGCUGCCUGGCCGUCGUCGAGAGCCGCGACUCGCCGACCGCCGUCGGCGACGUCGUAUCCCUCCGCGGCGCCCAACGCGGUCGCGGCGCGGCGGCCCCGCGGGCCCCAGGGGCCUGCCCGGCGCGCAUCGAAGACGCGGCGGUGCCCGACGGCAAGUACCACAGCAUCACCUUUUGGGUCUUUGAGGGCGACGAGGAGAAAGACGGGAAGUGCAGAGAAGAGGGCAAAUUCGUCGCCAAAACCCGCGUCGACGCGUUCCACGUGAACGAAGUCACUGCGCUGCAGCCUCACACCCGAGAGCCGCGGUUUUUCUUCACGUUGUCGAAGGACACGUACUUCAAGGCGUGGCGCGAGGUGGCGCCGCCUGGUGCGGCGAAGCGUGGAUCCAGGGCGGAAGCGUCUUCGAGUGCAUCGUUUUUCGCGUGCGUCUUGGAGGGGGCAUACCGCGGCCUGGCGCCGCUUGCCUGCUCGCUCUCGCUGGACGCGUCGCUUCUCGCCAUCGCCCACGGCGGCUCGCUGAUCACGCUGUGGAACCCCGCGUCGUUCUCUCUCUCGCAUUCGCUCCGCGUGCCUCCCGCCUCCACGCUGCGCGCCAUCGCCGGCGCGUGCGCAGGAGGCGCGGAGGCUGUGGAGGAGAGCGGCGGCGACGCCGACGCGCGCCAAGUCUGCAACAAACUCGGGCUCCUCGAGUCGCCCUACGGGCUUUUCCUCGUCGCUGGGAUGACCUCGUGCAUCGUCCUUUACGAUCUUCUCACGCUUAACAUCACUUGGGCCAAGUCCUUCGACUGCGGCGUGGUGGACUUUCUCUUCGUCGAGCCCGCGGGCGGCGCGCGCUUCGCCAUUGCCCUGGCGAAGCUCUCAACUGCGGAAGGCGCGGAAGGCCCGAACGGGCGGGAAGGAAGCGGAGAAGGCGAGUCCUGCGCGCGCCCGGCGUCCGCCCUCGCGCCGUCGCACGAGUUGUGCAUUUUCUCGCUGUCGCACCUCCCUCCUGCGGACGCGCCGAGAAGUGGGACUCAAAUGUCCAAGAAAAACAAAAAGAAAAACGCGAAAGAAGCUCACGCCGAGGGCGAGGAAGACCAGCUGCCGCUCCUUCCGCUGGUCGCGCCCCUUCAGGACUGCGGCGCGUUCGCGGCAGCGAGCGACGGCGAGGACGCGGACGGCGCGGCGGGCUCCGGGGUGUUCGUACACUGCGUCUGGCAGCAGGAGCGAAGCAGCUUGGGGCAGUCGAUUCUCGCAGGAUGUUUUCUGCCUUCGCCCUCUUCGGCGUCUCUUGCGUCGCCAGGCGACACCGACGAGGAGAGUUCUCUGAUACUGCUCAACGCGCGCUUCCAACUGGAGACUGUGCGCGUCCCUGCCGGCGCGGUCGCGGGUGUAGCUACACCGCACGUGAUCGUCGAGUCAGGCUGCCCCGAGCAAGAGGAAGAAGAGCAGACGAAACAGCGGAAACUGCAGCGACUCCUGCAACUCGAGACUGCCAAGCGCCAGGCGGCUGAAGAAGAAGAACGCGGCGAAGAAAUGGAGGCACCGGCCUCGUCGGACGUGGCGGGACUCUUUUGCAAGGCGGCGGCGCGGCGCGAGAAGAAGCGCGAGCGUGAGGCGGCGUGGGCGCUUGCCUCUGCGGACACUGUAGGGCCUGCGCCUGGCGCGCUGCUCCAGCGGCUCCUGGGUCAGUUGGGCGGAGACGAGGAGGCGGCGGCGGACGGCGAGGCCGCGGGGAAGCGAUCGCUGUCCGCGCAGGUCCUCGCUGCGACGCGCCUGGGCGAAGAACACGACGCGAGUGCGAGGAUAAAGAUGAAAAAGAAGAUCUGCGCCGAGCAGCAGAUCCAGCGCGACAGAGAAGAAACCGAGGCUCGCCUGGCGAAGGACGAAAAGGAACGGGCUCUCAAGCGCGUCCCCAAGGGCCUCCUCGCGUCCCUCGCGUCAUCUGCCGUCGAAGAUGCCGAAGAGUCAGACUGA